AUGCAAAGUUAUAAAAACUUUGGAAACAAAGAAAUGAAUGUAAUUUCAAUUGAAGAAAACGAUUCUUUAGAUUUAAAUACAAAUUCAAAUCCGGUUAAUUUUAACUAUAAUACAGAUGAAGAUGAAGAAUAUAUAAAAAAUUCAAAUAAAUUAUUACAAAAAAAUAACGAGAGUAGGAUUUUAAACGUAUUUGAAACAAAUGCAAAUCAACUUCUCGACCUCAUUGAUUACAAUGCAAAUGAAAUUAUUGAUAUUAAUGAAGGGAGAGAACAUGAUUCAUUUACAACUUCUUCAAUAUUAAGCAAUAGAAAAUCACCGGUUUUGGAUUUACAUCUAAAGAAACAAGAAAAUAAAAUGGACAAUAAUUGUUUAGAGUUUGAUAAAGAAAGCUUGCCAGAUGACUUUUCAACGGAUUUUCAUUUGAUUUCAAAUGAUGAAAGUCAAGAUUUUAAUUCACUUUCAAGAGCUUACAGUCAAUUACAGUUGGAUGCCAAAGUAGAAAUGGUGUGCAAUUUAAUUUCAAUGUUAGGAACGAAUAAUAGAAAAGAUAUGUCGAAAACAUUUUUAGCCAUGUCCUCCUCGGUUGAAAGUUGUCAUGCAAUGCGUCAGAGCGGUUGUUUACCUUUACUUGUUCAACUUAUAUACUCUUCAGAACGUGAUGCCGAAAUAAGAAGUAGGGCUGCUCAAGCUUUACACAACAUAGUCCAUGCACAGAACGAUGAUAAACGUAAAAGACGUGAAAUUCGGGUUUUAAAACUACUGCACCAAAUAAGAGAGUACUGUGAUAAUUUACAAGCGAACCAUUGCGCAGAUGAUUCCCAAAAAGUUUCGGAAAAUGAAGAAAAACACCCUGUUGCUGCUAUAGGAGCUUUAAUGAAAUUUUCUUUUGAUGCUGAACACCGACAGACCAUUUGCACCUUGGGGGGUUUACAUGCAAUUGCUGAAUUAAUCCAGAUUGAUCACGAAGAACAUGGGCUUUCAUGUGAUAACGAUUGUACUACUUUGCGAAGAUUUGCUGGAAUGUCUUUAACUAAUUUAACUUUCGGAGAUGUUAGAAAUAAAUCUCUUUUAUGCAGUUUGGAUAAAUUUAUGUUAGCAUUGGUUGAUCAAUUAAAAACAUCUUGCGAAGAUCUUCUACAAGUAACUGCAAGCGUUUUGCGUAAUUUAUCCUGGAGAGCUGACGCUGAAAGUAAGCAAGUACUUCAAAAUGUGGGAGCAGUAACGGCUUUGACAAUAGCCGGUAUGAAGGGAAAAAAAGAGUCUACACAAAAAUCUAUAUUAUCUGCGCUUUGGAAUUUGUCAGCUCAUUGUUCAGCGAACAAGGUAGACAUUUGUUCUGUACCCGGAGCCCUGUCUUUUCUAAUAAAAAUGCUUCGUUAUAAUCCUUCUUCAAAUACAUUAGCAAUUGUUGAAAAUGCCGGUGGUAUUUUGCGAAAUGUUUCUAGUCAUAUAGCUGUUAAGGAUGAGUAUAGGCAAAUACUCAGGGAAAAUAAUUGUUUUGAAAUCCUUUUGGAACAAUUAAAAAGUCCAAGUUUGACAAUUGUUAGUAAUGCUUGUGGUACUCUGUGGAAUUUAUCAGCCAGAUGCGAAGAAGAUCAGAAUAAAUUGUGGGAAAUGGGUGCACCUAGUAUGUUGCGUAAUUUGGUUCAGUCGAAACAUAAAAUGAUUGCAAUGGGAUCCAGUGCUGCUUUGAAAAACUUAUUAACAGCCAAUCCAAACGGUUCGCUAACAUCAAGCAUGGAUUCUACAGCCAGAAGUUUAGGUUUACAAAGUUUACCUUCGUUAACGGUUCGUAAGCAACGUGCCUUAAAGCAGGAAAUAGAUAUUACAUUGACUGAAACGUGUGAUAAUAUAGAAUCAAACCUUUCACCGACUCACGAGGAUGAUACGUCAAAAGCUGUAGAUAGUGCCAAAGGUUUAGUCAUGUCUAUGCGAUCUAACAGUAGAGAGUCUGUCGUAUCUGCAAAAUCAGAUUCAGCUUGUGAGAAAAUAAAUAGAUUGACCGCAUUACAAAAACAAGAACCAUCUUAUAAAAGUGUGACCAUGCACGAAAGUUUAAAAGAUAGUAAAAUAUUGGAUAAAUCCGAUCAGAAAAUGAUUAAAAGGUAUAAAACGUCAAUGAUACCAACAUUAACUCAUAGAAAAAAAUUAAGUGAUAAGAAAUCGAGUUCGAAAGAAUCAUUAUUACAAGACAAAGAUACUGCAGCUGAUGGAGCUGCUUCCGGAGGAAAUAACGUGGAAGAAAACAAAACGAAACGGAAAAUCCCAGUUUUAAAGACCAGGCCAAAAAGUCAAAUACUAUCAAAUUUAAGAAAUCUACCCUCGGAUAACCCAAAUGAAAAAAUACCAUCAUCAUCAUCAUCUCAUUCUUCUUCUUUUGACAACGGUUGUGAUGAUCUCACAAAAAAAAAUGAUUCGCGCACAGAAAAUGUGAAAGAACAAAAAUCUAAAUUGAAUACCAAAAUUGGAAUCCCUACUAUCGAAACCAGAUCUCAAAAUACCUUGAAAGAAAAUACUCAAGAUAUGAAAUUAGUUUGUAAAACUACGGAUGUUCCAGUUUCAAAACAUCAACUAAUGAUGAAUUUACAAAGUAAAAGUGAUUCUAUGAAUAAAAAAUCAUCAUCAACAUUAAAUUUAAAAUGCGAUGAUGAUGAUGAUAAUGAUUCAAAAAAGGAACGUGAUAUCGAUGAACCUUUAAUUUUAUCAUCAAGUCAAAAAAAAAAUAAUAAUAAUAAUGAAUUAUUGGAACGAACGACGAAUUCUGAUUUGAUAAUAACAACAAAGGAAGUUGAAAAUGAUAACACAAAAGAAAUUAUUAAUUCGAAAUUAUUAAAUUGUCAACAAAACAAAUCGGAAAAAAUAAAUAUAAAAAAUUGUAAAUGUGGCGAAGAAUUUUGCACUUGUACAUUUAAAAGUGUCAAACCCGAGGAAUUUUAUAAAAAAAAAUUAAAGAAAGAAAAUUGUGGGGGAAAAUGGAAUGAAAACGAUGUAACUUUUCCAACGACGACAAAUAAUUUAUCAUCUUUCCAAUCGGAAAAUUAUAAAUCACCGACUGAUAAUAAUUAUUUAAUACCAAAUUUUAAAAUCGGUUCUGAAAUAACAAAUUUUUUCGAGUGUGAAAAUAUAAAAAAAAGUCAACAAGAAAUAUUCGAUAUGAGUUUUAGUAUAAAUUCACAAAUCUCUGUUCCUUCUUGCAGUUCAUUUUUAGAUACGGAAGAUUGUAGUUUGUUGGACGUAAGCGAUGAAACAUUAGAUUUUGACGAAUUCGAAACUUAUAAUAAUAAUAAUAUAGAAAAAAAAGAAUAUAAAUUUUUUAAUUCGAACAACGAUAAAUCUUUACUGUCAAAUGAUUUUAUUAGUUUACCAAGUUAUGGUUCGGUACCGUACGAUGCCCUUGAUUUAGAUAAUAGCAUAAUAUCAAUAGCAAGUUUAACAUCAGAAAUGGCGGAUAGUCAACACGGACAAGAUUUUGAUAUUGAAUCCAUCAUGUACAAUUCAAAAAAUUAUCAUCAAAUGGGAGACGAUGAAGAUAAUAAACAUUUUAAUGUUCAAUCUUUAACGGAAUCUAUUAAUCCUAAUAACACGUUGGAAUUUAAUAAAGAAUUACAAAUAAACGAAACGAAAAAAAAAUUUACACCCAAAGAGAGAAGGCUUGCAUCACAGGAUAGAUAUAGAACAUAUACGAUAAGAGAUUUUAAAGGAAAUUAUUUAAUGGCGGGUAAUAAAAAUGAAGAAAGUGUAGAUAAAUUAGAAGAAAAUAAAGACAAUCUGGAAAAAAUUUUUAAGAAUGAAGAAUUAUUAGUUGAAUCACAACAAAUAAAUUUGAAAAAUGAUUUGGGACCCGACGAAAGAAAAGAAAUAAUAGAAAAUGCAAAAUUGGUUGCUUUAUCUUUAAAAAUUGCCGUACAAGAUGUCGAAUCUCAAACGAGUUCGAUAUUUAGUAUUGAUGUCGAUGAAUCUGGAUUUGAUGAUGAUGAUGAUGAUGAAGAAACGGAAUUGCCAAGUUUAAAUUCUGAAGAUAGGUACGAAUAA